AAUCUGUCAAUGUCAAACGAAAAAAGUCAAAGUUAUGUGUGUAGUGUGAAGAUGGGAAUAUACAUUAAUGUUUGAAAAAAUGUUUAACAAAGUUUUUCAACGUGCUCUUAAAUUCAGAUUAAAGAAAAGUUAUCCAACGAAUAUAUACGAUUUAUCCCGUGGUUCCGCGAUCGCAGUACGAAGGCCAUAUAGUGAUGAGGUUCGCCGUGCCCAGGCGCAGAGUGUUGCUGCGCCGGGACCUACCAUAUUCGAUAAGAUUAUAUCCAAGGAAAUAAAAGCUGACAUUAUUUACGAAGAUGAUUUAUGUUUGGCCUUCAACGAUAUUUCUCCACAAGCCCCUGUCCAUUUUCUGGUUAUUCCGAAACGAAGAAUACCAAGAUUGCAAGAUGCGCAACAAAGUGAUUUAGAGCUCCUAGGUCAUUUAAUGCUGGUGGCGCGCUCUCUGGGAUCCCAGCGUGCCCCGUCAGGGUGGCGUCUCGUAGUAAACAACGGCAGGGAUGGGGCACAAAGCGUCUACCAUCUCCAUCUUCACGUGCUGGGCGGCAGGCAGAUGGGCUGGCCGCCGGGGUAACGUCAUUACGAAGUGGGGUAACUCUGACCAAAAUUGAUUAUUUUAUUGGUAUAUGUGCUCAUUUAGUCGUAUUUGUUUUAGGAAUUUGAGUACCAAUUGAAAAUUUGUAUACAUCAGCUCAUUUAGUGGUCAUUGUGUUAAAUGUGCUUUUGAUUUUUUUAAUGAAAUUUUAUUUUAUUAUGGUUUAAAUUUUUGCAGUUGAUACAUAGCCUGAAAUAGAUAUUCGGUAUUUUUUUUGUAUUGAAAAAAAGGCUUGAGUAUUCAUUUGUUUUAUUGUUUCUAAAUAGACUAUUUAUAGUACGUAUAUUUUUGGAAUUUAUGAUGAUUUAAAACAGACUCCGUGAAUUCGGUUUUUUUCUUAUAUUGAAAAAAUAACUUGAGUUUUUUUUUACGGAAAGAUACAUCGAGUCGGUGCGAUAAUGCUUUUUCCACGAUAGACCUUACUUUUUAGGGAUAUUGUGAAAUAACCAAUACUUGCACGGUCCUCUCCUACUACUGAGAGGGUUUAGGCCUUAGUCUACCACGCUGGCUUAGUGAGGGUUGGCAGACUUCACAUACCUUCGAAAUUCUUAGUUUUAUAUAUGUUUUCACCAAGUUUCCCUUCAUCGUUAAAGCGAGCGACGGAGAAUACAAAAGUAAAUUCAAUUUAAAUUUACUCAAUGUAGCUCAAUCAUUCCUAAGCCAUAUUUGUCAUACAAAUAUGUUUCGACUCAAUUCUUUGAACUUAAGCUAUUUUACAUAAAGUAAAUAUUUUAAAACGGCGCGGCGCGUAGCAAUGAAUCAACUUGAUUCAAAUUCAAACCACAUAACUAUUGAAAUGUGUGUAUAUAAUAUACUGUAUGCCACAGAGCGUAAGUUCGUUUUUCCUUUGCUAUGUCGAGGUGUUUUGCUGGCGAUAAGCCUCCAUUGUCUACGAGAAAUUCCAACUUGCUGAUACCUUCUCAACCUCUCAUGAUCCGGGUCCAAUAUUCCCUACGUCAUAUCAAUUAAAAUGGCCAAUGACCCUGAGGAUCCUAAUUGCUUUAUAAUGGCUGCUGGAACUGCCCGUAGCGGCACAAUGAUUUCUACUCUUAACUUUGCAACGUUCAAUGUUGAUAAAUUAUAUUAAUGCCCGCUAAUAUCUGGCUGCGCGGCCGUGCUCCCAGUGACGCCUUGGAAUUACCUUUUAAGUCAAGCAAAGGACACGUAUCGUAGUGCAAUUCUCUGCAACCUGUUGUCCCACAAGGGGAGGAUGCCGGUUAGCUGUUAUCCGAGUCCUGGUAGAGCGAUAAGUCAUUGUCAAUCUUGCUCAGGUACAUUGGUUUUUAUUAAACAAAUUAUUGUUGGGAUCGAAUACAUUUUUUGGAACUUAAAGCUCACACAAUAUGAAAUUAUUACAGAAUGUAAGAAAAAAAUUGGGGAAAAUAUCAGGUAUUUAUCCCCAAAAUAAAUGAUAAUCUUAACAGAACCAGUUUUAUACCAGUGAUUUUCAAUAAAGUAUUAUUGAAGAAAUCAAAAAAUUACGUAUUUUUACAAAAUCUAAGUUUUUUUUUAUCUGGAUUGCAAAGCCAAUUUAUUAAUUUUAUCAAAAAAUAUGUUGUUUAAUUUAUAAAAUUCUGGCAGAAAUUGUCAGAAUUACAGUGUCUCUUUUUCUUUCUGGAAAUAAUGCAUUCGCACUUA